AUUCAUUCAGCUCGUUCGAUCCACUUCGUGGCUUCUGCAAUAGCAAGGGCCUGUCUACAACCAGCGUUUCGAGGCUUCCUCGAUACUUUCUGAUGCCACACAUUAUAUCGUUCAGUCGACAUUUGAUUGGCCAUGUGGCUGCUUGAGAGCGAUCUAUUUGAGGGCCGGAAGCUAUGGCUGCGGCCUGGGAAAUUGUAUCUCUUCGGCCGCACCUCUGCGGAGCCCGGCCAGCUUGCCGUGUCGGACAAGACAAUCUCCAGGAAGCACAUCACGAUCAAAGUCGACAGUGUGCCUGAAGGGGGCGGCCGCAACCUCCACUCGCGAUCCAUAGUCACGAUUGAAGACCUUGAUUCGAAGAAGGGAACACUUCUCAACGGCGUCCAAAUACGCGGGCUGAAGAAGACACUGUCGGAAGAUGAAAAUGAAGUGAAGCUGGGCAUGUGCGCCAAGAUCCUCCGCAUACGUUGGCAUCCCGUUGUCCUGAGCUUCUCUUUCACAGCAAAAGAGCUACGCACCGAUCCGUGGACAAGACUUCGGGACAGUCUAGAGCAGCUCGACAUCAAAUAUUCGGCCGAAUACGAGAGAGACACCACCCACGUCGUCUCCAAGAAGCGCAAUACUUCCAAAGGCUUACAGGCGUUGAUCAACGGCAAAUACAUCGUUACCGACAGCUUCAUCAAUGCUAUCGUGGACGCGGCCAUUAUCCCAGAGGACGCAGAAGUGGGCACGAGUAGUGCUUUGGAGGAGAACUUCGAAGCCGCCUGGCCGAACGCCAUCGAUCAUCUGCCACCACGCGGCGAGGAAACCGUCGACCAGCCUCCAGAAGCGUACUCACCGGAUGAUCGGCGACAUGACGUCUUUGAUGGAUAUACCUUCGUGUUUUACGAAAGGAAGCAAUAUGAGAACCUGCUCCCGGUCAUCGCUGCUGGAAAGGGCAAGGCUCUGCUCAGGGAUGUGAUGCCCCGGGAAACGGACAUUGAUGACUUCAUCCGAUAUGUCAAAGGUGUUGCGGGAGAAAAGGGGCUGGGUUCUUUUAAAGACGGCAGCGAAGGCAGAGGCGUGGUUGUCGUGCGGUACACUCCAAAGACUGAGGACUACGAGUGGUACGCCGAGUUCCUGACUUCGUUCGCUCAGCGGCUCGACCAUCGGCCGAUUGAUCAGCGGGAAUUUCUCGAUGCCAUCCUUGCCUGCGAUGCCUCCAUGCUGCGCCGUCCGCUCCAGGAGGCCAGCCAACCCGAGUCGGCGGUACCGAGGGGCCAACCGGCCGGUGAUUCGGGAGACCGGAUGGAUGUUGAUCAGCUUGCACCUCAAGGACAAGAGGAACAGGUCGCAGGACAAAACUCUUCCACAGCGCCACGCACGAGACGAGAUCGGAGAGCCGGCCGAAGUCGGUUCAAAGGCUUCGAUUUUGAUGAUGAAGAGCCUGUCGAGGAGCCUCCGCCGGUAGAAGAACCUCCUGAGGCCUCCCGGUUGGCUGCUGUAUCUCAGGAUAGCUUAUUCGUGUCGCAAUAUCGGGAACCAAGCCUUCCCCCAGAGGAUGAGACCCAGGAGGCGCGUCCUGUUCGCAGGAACCCGCGCAAACAUGCUCUUUCACCACUACCAGAACAUGAUACUUCGGCGCUCAUGGAAGAAAUUGCGCCGACAGCAGCAGCAGUCAAACGCCGACGUAUCGAGUCCGGACAAGAACCCGUUCCUCCACCUCCUGAGCCGGAGCCGGCCGAUCAACCGAUCGAAGAUGAAGAGAUGGUCUCGGAUUCCCCGCAGGAAAAGCCAAAGAAGGGACAGGGUUCAAAGGGCAGGGGCAAGAAGGUCAAGGAGGAGGAUGAUAUCCUGGAGCUCGCGCGCCGGCAACGGGAGGAAGCCGAGGCUCAGGCGGCAGCCAAGCGUAAGGAACUGGAGGAACUGCCCGACGAUGAGAUUGACUAUGCAGCUAUCAGGGCGUUGCAUAUCAUCGAAGAGUGCGAGGUGCAUUUCCCUGAGUCUAACGGGAACAGUCGUAGCCGCGACCAAGAAAUCGCGGACGGCCGCUGGGAUCCGCGGUGGAACGGCCGGAAGAACUUCAAGCGGUUCCGCAAACGGGGCGAGCCCACGGGGCGUCCGGCGCCCCGCAUCAUUAUCGGCCUGGAGGAGGUCAAGCCAAAGGAGUACGGUAUCGGAGACGACUACUGGCUCGAGGAGGAAGGUGGCGGCCGCCGCAAGAAGGACAGCCAGUGCGAAUCCCAAGCUCAGACUCAGCAGCAGUCCGAGGGCGUACCUGACAGUGCUGUCAAGGGCAAAGGCAAAAAGAAGGAGAAGCCGAAGGCCCCGUUGCGAAGAAAUGUCUUGGCCAUUGACAGCAGCGACGAAGAAGAGCAAAGCGAGCUUGGCACGAUACCGGAAGGUAGCUCCGUGCUCGACAGCGAACCGUCUAGAAGUCGGGCAGCCAAGGCGGCCGAGAAGGCGAAUUCCCAGCGCCGGUCACAGAUACAGACGCAGUCGCAGAGCCAGGCAGCGUCAUCCAACAAGCGAUCCGCAGCGGCUGACCCAGUCAAGGAACGUGCAGCAAAACGGCCGCGGAAGGGUUUUGUGCCGCCGAGUGACGACGAUAGUGAUAGUGAUGAUGAGCUUAAGUUCCGCUUUGGGAGGCGGAGGUAGUGCUAAGCUCGAUUCGCCCUUGGCCAGCAGAUGCUCGGUCACUUUGUAGAUAAUGAAUAAA